AUGCACACCUCCCUUGCGACCUUCUGUGGACUCAUCACCGCUCUCACAGUAUCCGCCCACGGCACUCACGGUAAAGUCGACCCAUGGAACGACGAAUAUGCCAAUACCCCUGAUCUCUCUUUCAGCGGAGUGACCUCUUUCGCCCAUCUCCCUCACGUGAAAUGUUUGGAUAAGCCUGAACAGGCUUUCGAUGUAGCUUUGUUGGGUGUUCCGUUCGAUUCAGCCGUUUCGUUCAGACCUGGUGCCAGAUUUGGUCCAUACGCUUUGCGAAGCGGCUCUAGAAGGCAGAGACCUGAAAGAGGAUAUACCAGUCGACUCAAGGUCAACCCAUACACCAAUGGUCUUUACGUUCUCGAUUGCGGAGACGUCCCUGUCACUCCCUUCGAUCCCGAGACAGCCAUCAAGCAAGUGAAAGCAGGCUACAAAUCCGUCUUACAUCAUCCCAUAGUCAACGAGGAGGAAAUGAAGAGACUUCACAUGCAGAGGGGUCUGGAUGGCGAGUAUCAUCCUAGGAUAAUUGCUUUGGGAGGUGAUCAUACUAUCGUACUUCCCAUCCUUGAUGCUGUCUCAGAAAUCUACGGACCAGUUUCGGUCAUUCACUUCGAUGCUCAUAUAGAUACUUGGAACCCCAACCGGUACCUCGGUAGUGUUUCCCUCCAAGCUGAUGUCAAUCACGGUACUUUCUUCUGGCACGCUUAUGAGAGUGGGUUCAUCAAGGCAAACUCUUCCAUUCAUGCAGGUAUAAGGACUAGAUUCUCGGGUCCCCAAGACUUAGAUGAUGAUGUGACUGCUGGAUUCGACCUCAUCCACACUUUUGACAUUGAUGAUCAUGGUGUGGAGUGGAUCGCCGAGAAGAUCAAAGCUAGAAUUGGUACUGGACCCGUUGUGAUUUCGUUAGAUGUGGAUGUCAUGGACCCUUCCAUCGUGCCUGCUACUGGUACACCUGAAUCCGGAGGAUGGACUUCCAGAGAACUUCGACGGAUCAUUCAUUCACUCGUUGGCCUGAACAUCGUUGCUUUUGAUGUGGUCGAGCUAUCCCCCGCUUACGACACUCAAGCUGAAAUCUCUGCCAUCGCUGCCGCCGAUAUGGUAUAUGACUUUUUGAGUAUCCUUGCUCUUGGUGUAGAUGACAAGUCCACAGAAAAACCGGACGCUAGAACCGUUGAUGAAUUAUAG